GAUGGUGAAAUGGGCCUUGCCUGCAUAUGAAAAGAUUCCGAAGGGUGAUCAUUAGAUGGCUUUGAUUGUCGUCCAGAUGGGUUGAUGUUUCUGCUACCAUUGACUAAGGGUGUGAUGCGAUGGUAACUUGAUGCGGUUAGCAGGGGCCACGCCACCAUCCAUACCACUUCCAACCUAGCGCUGACGACUAGAAUGACUCAACGAACAUCAACCCCCACGAGCUUAUUUGCUAUAAAGUCUGCCGUGACUGUGCCAAACCCAUCUCUCAUAGUUAAAGUCUCCAUUGUUGACACUAUAAUUUUUUUUUUGCACGAUUUCACUGUGAUCAAGCAUGUCAUUACCCACAGAACCCAUCCACUGGACCCGAGGUGGAUUCCUCAUCUCCACCGAUAAGAGAUAUCUCUCGCCCACGGCCAUUAACCAUGCAUUCGCACAGGACUACAUGUACUGGGCCAGUCCGUUUCCCGAAGAUAUUCUAAAGAAGAUUAUCGAGAAUUCCUUCUGUUUUGGCGUCUACGACCUCCGCUCGCAUCGACUCUGCGAUGAUGAGAACGGCCACCCACAGCGACCGGUCGGAGACUUGAAUGUAGCCGAUGUGAAGCAGAUCGGGUUCGCCCGGCUGGUAACUGAUGGCGUCACGUUCGCCUACCUCACCGACUUAUAUGUUCUACCGGAGUACCAAGGGCAGGGGCUGGGUGGGUGGCUCAUCGACUGUGUGGAUGAGGUAGUCCGCCCCCUGCCGUACUUGCGGUGGCUGAUGCUGCGGACUUCGGCCGCAAAGAGUCAGGCGUCGUAUGAGACCCGGCUUGGGAUGAAGGUGCUUGAUACCGGGAAUGUCAGCCAAGGCCCCGUCAUGAUGGGGAGACAGGGAACGGCUGGAGGAGUGUAACCAUCCAAGGUUCUUGAGGGCAAGGAUGUGGUUCACACUCGGAUCUCAGGAAAUGAUGUAGCUCCGGUUUCGUUAUUAGAGGAGUACGAAAUGAUAGAGAAUGACCAGAGAAGACAUUGGCGCUCCACUCUACCUU